AUGAACCAAAAAUUUCUUGAUGAAGAAGGUGAAGUUAGGGUUUCAAUAGAGAUGGUGUCACGAAGAAGAAUCCUCAAAUUUCUUGAUGAAGAAUAUGAAAUAGGAGAUGAUGUCGGCAGAGCAGUGGCAUCAAUUAUUGAAAAGUUGAACUUAGUUAUCAAGGAGCUCACUAAGGAAAAGGAUGAAGAAAAAGAAAGGCUAAAUGGAAUUAUUGCAGGGUUGUUGGCUGAAAAAGAAAAAGAUAAGGUGGAUAAAGAUGCUAUGCUCGAUACGAUGUUACAUAUUGAAGCUAUGUUAACAACUGUUUCCUACGCCACAAGAGGUGCAUCUUUAGUUCUGGCAGCUCGAAGAGAGAAGAGUCUCCGUGAAGUUUCCGAAACCGCUCGAUUACUCGGUGCACCGCAAGCGAUCGCCGUUGCGGCUGAAGUUUCCAAUAUUAAUGACUAUAAGCGACUGAUAAUAUUGAAUCAUUUGGUGAAUUGUGCUGGGGUGACUCCAAUGAGCAUGCUAGAAGAAAUCACUGAUAUUACUAGCAUCACAUCAGGCAUGAAGAAAGGGAUCUACUUGCAACUCGUCUUGACGAAGAAAGGAAAGCAAGGGAAGAACUUCAAAAACAACUUCAAGAGUUUAUGAAGAAUUGGCAUCCUCCCUCUAAUUAGUUCUAGUUUUUUAUAUUUUUUUGGAUUUACGUUGAAUUGUAUUAGC